AUGUCCCGCUACCUCCGACCUGCUGCCCGUCUGGCUGCCUCUGCGCGUGCCCCUGCCGCCAGGCCGACCUUUGCUCCCUCCAUCGCCGCCCGCGCCCUCCAGCAGCGCAGGACGUACGCCGAGGCCAAGGGCACCAAGGAGUACACUGUCCGUGACGCCCUCAACGAGGCCCUGGCCGAGGAGCUCGAGGCCGACGACAGGGUCUUCAUUCUCGGAGAGGAGGUUGCUCAGUACAACGGUGCCUACAAGGUCACCAAGGGUCUCCUGGACCGCUUUGGCGAUAGGAGGGUGAUCGACACCCCGAUCACAGAGAGCGGUUUCUGUGGUCUGGCUGUCGGUGCUGCUCUGAGCGGCCUUCACCCCGUCUGCGAGUUCAUGACCUUCAACUUUGCCAUGCAAGCCAUCGACCAGAUCGUCAACUCGGCCGCCAAGACGCUCUACAUGUCCGGUGGUAUCCAGCCCUGCAACAUCACCUUCCGUGGCCCCAACGGCUUCGCUUCCGGUGUCGCCGCUCAGCACUCGCAGGACUACAGCGCCUGGUACGGCAGCAUCCCCGGCCUCAAGGUCGUCGCCCCCUGGAGCGCCGAGGACGCCAAGGGCCUGCUCAAGGCCGCCAUCCGCGACCCCAACCCCGUCGUCGUCCUGGAGAACGAGCUCAUGUACGGCCAGCACUUCCCCAUGUCCGAGGCCGCCCAGAAGGACGACUUCGUCCUCCCCUUCGGCAAGGCCAAGAUUGAGCGCUCCGGCAAGGACCUGACCAUGGUCACGCUCUCCCGCUGCGUCGGCCAGACCCUCGUCGCCGCCGAGAACCUCAAGAAGAACUACGGUGUCGAGGCCGAGGUCAUAAACCUGCGCUCCGUCAAGCCCCUCGACAUUGACGCCAUCGUCAAGUCCGUCAAGAAGACGCACCGCCUCGUUUGCGUCGAGUCGGGCUACCCUGCCUUUGGCGUCGGCGCCGAGAUCCUCGCCCUGACCAUGGAGUAUGCCUUCGACUAUCUCGAUGCCCCUGCCCAGCGUAUCACCGGUGCCGAGGUCCCCACUCCCUACGCCCAGAAGCUCGAGCAGAUGAGCUUCCCUACCGAAUCUCUGAUCGAGCAGCACUCUGCCAAGCUGCUCCGUCUUCUUUGA